AUGGCCCCGGCGCCUCAUGGCCUCGUGGCACGGGAUGUCGACCCAGAGGAGCUCUAUCCCGCCCAUAACAUCUCCGUCCCAGUCGACCACUUCCACAACGACUCGAAAUACGAGCCUCACUCGAGUGGCUAUUUCAACUUGAGGUAUUUCUUCGAUGCCACGUACUACAAGCCUGGAGGCCCCGUCUUCGUCCUGCAAAGCGGUGAAGCCGAUGCAGCAGAACGGUUACCCUUCCUACAGAAAGGCAUCGUUGCUCAGCUGGCCUCGGCCACCAAUGGCAUCGGUGUCGUUCUCGAACACCGGUACUAUGGCACGAGUUUCCCUACCCCGGACCUGUCCACCGAGAAUCUGCGCUUUCUGUCGACAGAGCAGGCAUUGGCUGAUCAAGCAUACUUUGCCUCGCACGUCGUGUUUCCCGGUCUUGAACAUCUCAACCUGACUGCUCCUGGAACGCCGUAUAUCGCGUACGGCGGCUCCUAUGCCGGCGGCUUCGUCGCUUUUUUGAGAGUGCUGUAUCCAGACCUCACCUGGGGCGCGAUAUCCUCGUCCGGCGUGACUGAGGCCAUCUAUGACUUCUGGGAAUAUUAUGAGCCACUUCGUGAAUAUGGCCCACCUGAAUGCAUCGACACCCAGGUCAAGCUGAUCAAUGUCGUGGACAACAUCCUCCUCCAGAAUGACUCGACCACGGUGACCCAACUCAAAAGGGGGUUUGGUCUGGAGAACUUGACUUACAGUGACGACUUCGCGAACGUGGUGUCUGGUGGGCUGGGCUGGUGGCAGUCGAGAAAUUGGGAUCCUGCCGUCGGCAGUCCGGAAUUCGACUUCUAUUGCGGCAACCUCUCCUCGGACAGUGUCCUGUGGCCCGGAUACUCCGACUUGGCCCCGAAUGCUUCGUCGCUCAUUGCAGCGGGCGGUUGGGGCAACGAAAGCGCAGUAUUGGCCAACCGUCUGUUGAACCUGAUGGGCUGGAUCAACGACAGUUACGUCGGAUCCUGCGAUGAGACGCUGGAUCAAUGCUAUAGCGCCCACAAUUCGUCAGCCAGCAUGUACACCGACAAGGACGUCUCGAACUUCAAUGCCUUGUCGUGGGCUUACCAAUACUGCACUGAAUGGGGCUACAUCCAGACCGGCUCAGGCGUCCCCAGCGACCGUCUUCCCCUGAUCUCUCGACUGUUGACGCUCGACUAUCUCACCUUGGUGUGUCGGUACGCCUUCAACAUCACCUCGCCCCCGGAUGUCGAAACAAUCAAUCAAUGGGGAGGCUACAACAUCUCAUAUCCGCGACUGGCCUUGAUCGGAGGAGAAGCAGACCCGUGGCGCCCAGCAACCCCGCUGGCGACGCUGGAUGUUCCCGACCGCCUGAACGAUACAAGUACGGCGGCUGAGCCUGUCAUCCUCAUCCCGGGCGCAGUGCAUCACUGGGAUGAGAACGGAGUGUUUUUGAACGAGACGACGCCGGAUUUACCUCCGGCCUCGGUGGCGAACGCGCAAAAACAGCUUGCGCAGAUAGUGCAAGAAUGGUUGUUGGAGUGGAAUGGUCGAUAG